CCUCCUUGGAUGCUCUGUAGCUCCCUGCUAGUUCUGCUAGCUCAUUCGGGUGCAACAGUGCUGGCAAUAGGACCAGUCACUGUUACCCCGAGUCAACCGUCCAUCACUUUCUCUCACUGGCCCACUCUGUUUCUCCUUGCUCUGCUCCCUCCUCAACCUCCCCAGAAAACCUCUCAGUUUUACUCUGUAAACAAAACAAACUGUUUACAACCUUCUAAUAAUAAUUAAUAAUACCUUUUCAAGUCUCUUCAGUAAUGCAGGAUGACAGUUUCACGGUCCAUUGCAGCUGAUCAAAUUAAGGCUCUCCCCUUGCCGUGUGACCAGAAGACACCCCCUUUUCAGUGGACCUGGAACCACCCACUCCAACAAAGACCUUCCUCAGCAGACACCCCUGCUCUACACUUUUAAACAUCCUCUCAGAGUUAGGAAUGAUAGUUUCCUGCUCAAAGACUACACUUCCCAGCUUCCCUUGUGGACUACGGAAGUCAUUUCCGCCCCUAUAAGGGGCCCGCAUCCCAUCUUCUUCUGGUCAUUUUGGUCAUCUGCACACGUGAGUGAUAAAGAGCUUCCUCGCUGUGAAUAAACAUGGUCCCACCUAAGGAAAACUGAACCCAAUCAAGACCCCCUAAGCCGUGUUAUUUCUAGACUGUGUCAUUUUGGGGGCUGACCUCCGGAUUUCUUCUGAAGACGGUAUAAUUUUGAAACCUCAUCCCUGGCUCUCUUUUGAGGAUCAUCGACUCACCAAGAAAUGACUUAUAUGAUGAAGAAAGAACGUGCCUUCUGGGCAUCCGUGUGUCUGUUGCUUAGCGUCACCCCCGAGCUUCUCAAUGCUCUGCCUGAGAAAGCUGAUGAACAAUCAGAAACCACAGAUUCUGCGCUGCCACCAAUGAAACCGAAGCAAACAUUUUGCGCAAUGAAGGUUGACGAUGGGCCGUGCAAGGCCAUGAUCAGGAGUUAUUUUUUCAAUAUUCUUACUCAACAAUGUGAAGAAUUUAUAUACGGGGGAUGCAGAGGAAACGAGAAUCGAUUUGAGACCCUGGAAGAGUGUAAGAAAACAUGCAUACCAGGUUAUAAAAAGACGCCUGUGAAGACAACAUCCACAGCAGGGAAGCCAAAUUUCUGCUUCUUGGAAGAGGAUCCUGGAAUCUGCCGAGGCCUCAUUACUAGGUAUUUUUACAACAACCAGUCAAAGCAGUGCGAACAAUUCAAGUACGGUGGGUGCUUAGGCAACCAGAACAACUUUGAGACCUUGGACGCUUGCCGGAGCACCUGUGAGGACCCAGUGAAUGAGUUACCGAUGGGCAACUAUGUACCCGAACAAAAUAUUGUAAAUAACACUUUGAUUCCCCAAACUACCGAAGCAUCCAUCCGUUGGGAAUAUCAUGGCCCUUCAUGGUGUCUUAGUCCAGCAGACAGUGGACUGUGUCAAUCCAGUGAGAAGAGAUUCUACUACAAUCCAGUCAUUGGGAAAUGUCGCCAAUUUAAGUACACUGGAUGCGGGGGAAAUAACAAUAAUUUUACUACCAAGAAAGACUGUGUGAAGGCCUGUAAAAAAGGUUUCAUCAAAAGAAUAUCAAAAGAAGGAAAAGUUAAAACCCCAAGAAGAAAGGAGCCUUCAGUGAAAAUAGUGUAUGCAGCCAUUGACUAGUGUUAAGAUAUAAACACACUGUUGUUACUUUAAUUAUACUAAAUGUUUCCACGAAGGAUUUGUACUAUGACGUCUAUUCUUCUACUCUAAUAAUUUUGAUGAAUAUAUAAAAGUUAAUUUCCCAGGCUACUGCGUCUGUUAAGGAUGUGUCUCCCUUAGCCUUUCUGUUCUAAUCUAGGCACCGGACUUUUGUAAAGCAGUAGCUUAUAAACCGGUUACUGUGAAUUUCAUCUUGCUCCCUUUUAAACCACUUCCUGUUUAAUUACAAGGUCUCCUAGUGCUAAGCACACGAACCAGUUUUCUCUUUUCCGUCGUGACCAUCCACUGGAAGAGAUACUUUCACUUGUUAUGAUCAUGAACAUUAUGUAUCCUUGAUAGUCUAAGCCUUUCCAAAUGACUUCAAUUUUAGCAGUGUAAGAAGUAAAAUACUAUACCUUGAACAAUCAACUUGACUGUUACACACUGGUGUUUACUAAAGAACUUCUCGUUACUUCUCAUAAAGAUACAGAGCUGUAAAACCGAAUAAAAAUCAUUGUCCCUGCUUCA